UUAUUUUUAUUCUUUAUUAUUCAUUUAUUAAUCAACUUGAAAUUUGUAUGAAUGUAACGAAUGAAUAAAAAUGUAUAGAUCAUUUAUUUUGAUUUCAUUCGUUACCAAUCUUAUCUUGAUUUCAUAUAUUGAAUGUCAAAAUAAAGAUCAAGUAUGUUAUGGUGAAUUUGGAUGUUUUAAAAAGGCUCAAUUGAGCAGAAAUAUUCAAACGGCAAACCUAUUAGGUCAUUUUCCUGAUUCGCCCGAAAGAAUUAAUGUUGGAUUUCAUUUGUUUUCAUGUCGUGAUCGUUAUAAUCCAACUAUUCUACCAUAUAACGCAACUGAAAGAGAUUUACAACGAAUAAAUUAUGAUCCAAAAAAGCGUACAAUCUUUGUAAUACAUGGUUUCUUAGAUAAUUAUGAUCAAUUCAAUUGGAUGGGUGAUGUAAAAGAUCAUAUUCUGCGAUUACAGCCUUGUACAAUGAAUGUUAUUGUUGUCGAUUGGCGUGGUGGCACUCAUCAGAUAAACUAUUUACAGGCAGCAUCAAAUACUAGAUUGGUUGGGGCUAUAAUUGCAUCAUUUAUAGAAAAAUUAAACAAUGUAUUUAGAACAACUAACGAUCAUUAUACAAUUAUGGGACAUAGUUUAGGUGGACAAAUCUGUGGUUUUGCUGGCAAACGUUUACGGCAACCAAAAGUUCGAUUGAUUUUGAGCUUAGAUCCUGCUGGUCCAGCAUUCAAUGAUGUUAACGAACAGAACCGAUUAAAUCCAGAUGAUGCACAAUUAGUUGUUUCUAUUCAUACGAAUGGCGGUGUCAAUGUUGCCGAUGGUUUUGGUAUACUCAAACCGUCUGGUCAUUAUAGUUUUUUUCCCAAUGGUGGUGAAACUCAGCCUGGUUGUAGUGCCCUCCAUGGUAUUGCUGCUCCAUUGCUAAAAGGAAUAUAUGAAGGAAUACAGGAGACAGCAGCUUGUUCGCAUCUUUUUGUCUAUAAAUUAAUCGAAUAUGAUGAAAUAAGAGAUGAUGAUUUUGAAUCGAUGGCUUAUCGAUGUGAAAACUAUAAAGCAUACGAAGCUGGUCGUUGUGGUACUUGUCGAGAUGAUUCAGAUGAUUGUAAACCAUUUGGCCGAUGGUAUGAUUGGUGGCAAGAACAAAAACCAUCAAGAGAAUGGCGAGAACCGAUUAUCUAUUAUAUCGAUACAAAGAGAGAAGAACCUUAUUCAUAUUUUUUCUAUCAGAUUAAGGUUCGAACCGGUAAUGAUUUCGCUCCUCUUGAUGGUCGAUUAUUCAUGAACAUAACUGGUAGUUUACGAUCUGAUUUCAGCGAAAAAAUUAUCAUGGAUAGAAAAUUUGAACCUAACAAAGAAUAUACGUAUUUACAUAAAUCGAAAAAAUCUAUUGGCCGUGUUGAAGCAGUACAUGCAACAUUGACAGAUAAGGUGUUGCCAAAUAAAGCUGCAAUAGCCGUUUCCAAAAUUGUUACUGCAAUUCCUGGCAUAGGCAGUGGAUCUAGAAACGAUCGAAUCACUGUUGAAGAGAUUCAAUUCAACUAUAUGAAUGGUUACACUGAAAGCCAACGACGUUCAAUGUCAACAGUGUUGAGAAAUCAAAAUGGACCUAUAGAGAUCACAGGCAAGGAUAUCACACAUUUUACUGGAUCCAGAUCCAAUGACAGAAAUCGAAACGGUUCUAAUUCCAAUCGCGAGAAUUCGAACCAAAACCGAGAUAGGAAUCGAGAUAGAAAUGUCCCAAAUCGAGAUAGAGACAUCUCAAAUCAAAACCGAGAUGAUGACAGGAAUCAGGAUAGAAAUAUUCCGAAUCGAGAUCGAGACAACUCAAAUCGAAACCGAGAUAAUAACAGGGAUCGGGAUAGAAAUAUUCCAAAUCGAGAUCGAGACAUUUCAAAUCAAAACCGAGAUAAUAUCCCGAAUCGUGAUCGAGACAACUUGAAUCGAAACCGGGAUGAUAACAGGAAUCGGGAUAGAGAUAUUAUAAAUCGUGAUCAAGACCGAGACAGCUCAAAUCGAAACCGAGAUAAUAUCCCGAAUCAAAAUCAAAACAUCAAUAGAAACAUAUGACAAUGAAUAAAUGAAGAUUUAUGAUAUUGAUAUUGUU